GAUGUUGCUAAUGGAGGACCAUCUGAAGAGUUUGUCGGUAACGAAGAUGAUCUUGUCGAUAACGAAGAUGAUCUUCAAAUCGUUUGGUUUUUAGGUUGGGCCUUCUCGAAGCCUGAACCAGUGUCGCAUUACGCACGACUGGCGUUUCUGGAUACCACAGAAGACCAGCAGUACGGUUAUGGGGCGCCACGCAAGUCGAUUUCCAGUAGCUUUGAUGCAGGGCGGGAUGGUUCUACUUCUACCUGCACUAUGUUGGAAGGUACUAGUACAGCGCCAUCGUCCUCUGAGCAACAACAGGUUGUAAAAGAACUAGUUCGGGAGCAACAGCAAACAGAUCAAAAUCAGGACGAGGAUUUAGCUCCUGCACCAGCACCUGUAUUUACCACCAGCACGACACCUACACCCAGUUCAUCAUCAUCGUCCCCUUCCAGCAGCGCGAGACCGCGCCCUCGACGUCGCUUAGUGGUGCAGACUUCAAGCGGUGGUCGCGAGUUGAUGUCAGCCAAACGUAGAGCAGUCUUCGCCCGUGAGGUUAUAGACGUCGUGCAGGACUAUGCACACACGCGUGCGGGAGUCGAUUUAACGACCAAGAAACGAAAGGAGAGACUUGGAGGAAGUUCUUCAGCAAGUCCUACAUCUUCUUCUUCGCAUAUAGACGGAACAGAGCCUGAACCACCUGGAGGCUCACCACGGACAGGCGGUGUCGCUGUUGCUUCGCAAACUACUCCUUCGUCGUCUUCUUCAGGACAAAAAAAGGGCGAUUCGAAAAGAGCUGUCCAGCCACCUCGACUAGCAUUGGGGAAUCAUAUUUUUUUCUGCUUCUCCAAUAACGGUACUUUUCUGCUCCUUACUUAAGGCUGGGAUGUACUAUUUCACGACUGUCGUCGCGCUUUUAUGUCGUACUAUGAAUGUGGUACCAAAUAGCUGUUUCGUGUGUCUGACAAAGUCAACAUACAGGUCGUCACAGACACAGAGUUAUCAGGAGUACAACAGUAUACAUAUUAAGUAUGUAGGAACUCCAAUUACAACCUACUUUAACUUCCGAUGCGAGAGCUCAACUUGGUGAAUCCCUGUGCAGUAGUUCUCGACUGCGCUCCGGGCGAACUUUAUGAAAUGAGAAUGAAUAAUAUUAGACUUAGACGAGGCUCAGAUGAUUACCUCAAUAACAGUUCUCUUGAACGAUCUCACGAAGAAGAAUCGUCCGAGAGUUUAUGUAUGUACUACUCAGAUCUGAUAGAUGCGCAAGGACUCGUCCGAGACUGAAUAACAAGUUGUAAUUCUUAUUCUCCCCUCUUCUUCCUUGUUCAUGCAGAAACGUGGCGCAAUAUAGGUCGCGUCUUUAGCCAUGCUUUGCCACCGAGGCUCGCCUCAUUCUUUCGACCGGAAUCGUCUAUCGUUUCUCCAGGAUCAGCGAAAAGCAUACGAGAGUCUGGCAUAUCGGCACGAGGUGAAAGUGCACUUCAAGACGAACAACAGCAUGGUGAUCAUGAUAAGAAAGAAGAACUACUAGAGACGAGGUCGUCGACAACAAAACUUAAGGGUUUCUUUCUACAUCGCGUUCUGCCCUAUUAACAUCCCUGACUCCUUUCCCAGUAAGAGGAAAGAGUCCAGGGAUGUUCUGAAGAACAAUGCAAUCUUGGAGCCUUUAAAAAAGAACCAGUCGUAGAUACGUCGAACAGAAAGUUUCUUAAGCAAGUCGCGCGAUUGUGUGGUCCAGACUGCCGCAUGUACUUCUUCUAUUCGAAAGGGGACACACUUUGUGAAGCAUGGUUCAUCCGUGAGUGCAUUCGGAGACGCGCUGCUCACGUGGAACAGGAGGGGACCACAUCAAGAAGCAACUCCUCGAAAGGUCCGAUACAUCUAAAACACAGGACCUUCGAGUACGUCUUCGGGAGAUCCGAACACUGCGCGAAUCUACUCGUCUAUCCUUUAUGCGCAGGCAUUAGAUGAGGUCCGUCAUUCUACUCCUGUCAAUCUGAAUCCCGUUGAGUCUCGUUAAGAAUAGCAAGUUCUGCUUUCAAAGAAUUGGCAUCACUACUUAAACUUAUUCAAACAGCAUGAGCAUAUGCCGGGUGAUUUAAAUGAAUGAGACAGAACACGGCCACGCCUGUGCAUUAAUGUACUAAAGUUCACACAUUUGCGCAUACAUCUUUGGACGUCUCCCCUUUCAUGUUGACGAGAGUACAAAAGCUUGGUGGCGCAUGUGCUUGCGUGGGAGAGUGCGGCUGACAUCGCUGACGCCGAGGACCAGGCAGAAGAUCUGGCGUGCCCGCAACCGGCGAUGUGGGCUUAUAACACGAAUGCGAACAAUCCUGAAAUUGGAUCUGGAGCUCGAACGAAAGAGCAGAGGAGUCGACUGUGAUGCGUAGUUAAAAAUGUUCGGUGCAGGAGUUUGAGCUCAUCAGGGCUUGCUGGUGAGGUGGAAAUCUAGUCACUGGGCUAGUUAUUACGCAAGGUUUUCCAUAUCUUCGAUGCUCGUAGCAUUUGUUUUUUUAUAACUCUGUUCAUUUUCCUCGUUCUACUUGUUCUUUAUUCAUCUCUUCAUUUGAUUUUAAAUAGCCAUUUGGCUUCUCUUCCAAAUCCUUUUCUUUUUUCCUUUCUGUCUACACACGUGCCGUAUACAAGAAGAUGAAGAAAAACAUCUUCUGGUUGCGCAUAUACAGUUCGUUGCUUCAGAAUUUCGAGAAUAGCAUGCAUACCACUUGCAUUACUUGCGCACGUUUACAACAAAGAGAACAACAACGACUCUCCA